AUGCACCUUCGUGCGGUGAGCUCCCCUCCUGAGGAUCUGCAGUAUGCCGCGUUGCAUGGAGAGGAAAUUACGUCCCUCUCUUCUGAGCCCGUCGAGCGUGCCGUGAGUUCCGAUGACAACCUUGCGAUCAGGGUCCAGUCGCUAUCCCCGUACGGAGGGAAGUUCACCGUCGACUCGCGCAGCUCUUCGUGUGCAGAGGGCACGCGAAUUAUUUCUGUCGAUAAGCUUUCCUACUUCCCGGCAGAUGCGCCUAAAACGAUUGAGUCUCGCGUCGCCCAGCCCGGGCCUGCGGCUCAGCGAGCCGGCCAAAAGACCCAUAUGGAGCGACGAGCUGAGAGCGCUGGGGGAGGAAGCCCUCGCCUCGAGAUCGCGGCGCUGCCGCCUCGCCUUGCCUGCGGUUCUCUUUCCUCUGUCCCAGCUCAGCACGCAAACCAAGAGCCAGGCCGACCAUCAGAAGCUCUCACAUGGAACGGCGCCACCGUCUCACCGAAGCUUCACUCGGCGGCGGAGGCCUCGGGUGCCGGCGGGAAGUCGCCGGCCCCUAAGGCGUCCGCCUUCCCCCACGCGCAGUCUUUCCCUGGCUGCCGGCUGAAGUCCGCGGAGCGGGUUAGGAGUCCCGACCACGGCGAGGGCCCUCUGCAGGCUGGAACGAGAUCGGCAUCUCAACCAGGGGCGACUGACGCUCCCGAUGUUUGCGCGCCGCCUCAAGCUGCACCCAGCCAGCCUCUCUCGAUGCAGACGCGCACAGGGGGCGCUGGGACGAAGAUCGCCGAAGAGUCCUCGACUGCCGCUCUGCCGGUGCCCUUCCCGCGAGCGCAGAGCCAACCCGCGCUGGCCCCCGGCCCCGCUCCGGUGGCCGCUUCCGGCGCGCUCGCCGGGCUGGAGGCGGGACUCGCGCACGUCAGUCUCGGCGGCGGAGCACAGGCGGCUGGCGGGCUGGGGCCCGUAUGGCAACAGCGCAGGCGCGUCUCAAAAAAGAAAUCCGAGCGAGAGGCGAACCGUGUGCCCGCGGGAACGCUCCAGCCUGGACAGCCGGCCGCGGCGCUCCGCAGAACCGACGCCACAGGGCCCUGGAGCUGCCAAGUGCAAAGGACCGGCGGCGCGGCCCUCAGACAGAAAGCAGCCGCAGCGCCGCUGGCCCAGGGAGCGAUCAUCGAGCCGGCGCUUGAGACGAAGAUCACGGACGUUCGUGUGCAGCGGCUCCUGGGGAAGGGUGCGACGGCGUCGGUUUACUGCGCAGAGUGGCGGGGGUCUCCAGUGGCCUGCAAAAUCGUGAGUUUCCCUUCCGAGGGGUCUGCGGCGUCGCGGGCCCCCAAGAUCCGCCAAAUCAUCCAAGACUUUCGGCAGGAGCUCGGAAUCAUGGCGCGCCUCAAGCACCCAAACCUCGUGCGGGUGCUGGGGGUCGGCACACAAACUCCACCGCUAUUCAUGCUGACGGAGCUCUGCGAAGGAGGGACUCUCUUUGACCUGCUCCAUAAAGGCCGCGAAGAGGAGCCGCAACCCUCUGCAGCGGAGGCUCGCUCUGAGCAGACCCCUGCGGGCCGGCGACCCGCCCCGGGCGCGGCACCGACCUUGACAGACGCCCGCGACGACCCCUACAGGGCCACAGUUGCCGGGCUUAUGGAUCGCCUGAACGCGCAGACGCCUGGGGGGGCCUUCGGCGCCCAGAUGUUCCCCUUCGGGGAUACAGGGGGGGACGCGCAGGCGGCUGAAGAGAAGAAGGCGGAGGGAGGCUUUUGGGCUCUUUUGGGGCGGCUAUCCCCGUUCGCUGCAAAGAAAGAGGCGCUCCCACAAGUGAAACAGCCCAGCAAGGAGCCGGCCGGCGCACAGAGCGAAGAAGAAAUUCUCUUUUCGCGGGGCUCGAAGGUGCCUCUGAGUUGGAAACUGAAAACGCGGAUUGCGCUGGAUCUUGCGAAAGGCUGCCAGCACCUCCACAGUCUGAAGAUCAUCCACAGAGACAUCAAGAGCCUGAAUGUCCUCCUGUCCGUGCCAGUUGGCGGAGUGGUCACCGACGACUCAAAGCCGAUCGCAAAACUGGCAGACUUUGGAUGCGCCUUAGUCACCAAUGGAGUGCGAGAUAAUGCUGGAGGCGCCGCAGGCGGGUCGCUUGUCCAGGGUGGCGGAUGGGCGGGCACGGUGCUGUGGAUGGGGCCGGAGGUGUUGACCAAGAGAGGCUGCAAUGACAAGUCAGACGUCUACUCCUUUGCGAUUGUGCUUUACGAGCUCCUCGCAAACCGCAUCCCGUUUCAGGAGCUUCAAGGCACGCCCUACUACGAGAAACUGCCGGUGCUCAUUUCCGCCGGUCUCAGGCCAAACAUGGAUACGCAUGCGAUGCCGCCUGACGUGCCUCAGGGCCUCCGAGAUCUCAUGACCUCCUGCUGGCGGAAAGAUCCCGCUCAUCGCCCCCAAUUCGCAAACAUCGUCAGGGCGUUGGAGAUCAUCCUCGCAGACCUGUGA